CCUUCCUUCAGGCCUUCCGGUUUCUUCGCUGCGAGGGAGAAAAGUCUCGCACCUAAUUCGUUGGGUAUUCUACCUCAGCUCUUUGGCGAGGUCAUUCUCUUCUUUCGAUGGCUCCCUUUAAAAAAUGUGGCGAAUGUGGGUCGAAGAUGGCUCAUUCAGGCGACCGCAAGCGUUGUCCGACUUGCUUGGGGAGGCCACUUGCCAUUGGGCAAGCUGACACCCUGGCCAGUCCGCCACUGCUGGUACCUAGGAGCUCUUCAGAACCACCAUGUAAGAAGCUGAAGACCGAAGGAAAGUCUAGACCGAAGGAUUCCUCUGCCAAGCAUACCGUGCCCUCCAAGGCCCCAGCUCCUCGGGCACCUCAUCCCUCUAUGCCAUCAACACCUCCUCCUCCUCCAGCAGCUAACCAGGGAUCUUUAGAUGAUGUUCAGUUCGUGGAGGUCCAACCACCCUCUCAAAAACCAACUCACUCACGGCUGAAGAAGAUGUCAGAAGUUUUCAACACUUCAGUUUUACCAUUUCCUAGGGGGUCAUCUCAGGGCCUGUGGUUCCCUUACCCUGUGGCUCUAUCUCCCAUGUACAGGCCACUCAAUUCACCUUGGAAGCAGUAUUCUCCCAAUUUGCAGUCUGCGCAGCCAGCCUCAGUUCCAAGUCGGGUUUCCAAGCAUCCUCCACCACCAUCAAUGCCAUUCUCCUCACAACCCCAAGCACCGCAGGGCCUGCUGGAGAAGGAGAAAAUAUCCCGCUCCAUCUCACUUACCAAGGAUUUGCAUGUUAGUACAGAACAAAUAAUCCGUAUGGCGAAGUGUUUAGAGUUGGAUGUGCUGUCCUUAGAGCCGCAGUCUUCAGAUCCGGUGUUCAAAUGGCUUUACCCAAUGUCUUCGGAACCAAUAGCAUUCCCAAUGCUGCAGGGCUUGCUUGACAUUGCUAAAGGGGUGUGGGCCAAACCUGCCUCAGUGUCUCCCUCUGAUAAGAAGUUGGAGGCUAUGUAUAAAGUAAAAAAGCAGGGGUGCGAGUUCCUUUUUAUGCAUCCAGCAGCCAAUUCCUUGGUGACUGAGUUUCUCCCUUCAAAACGUUCUGGAGCCCAUAUCACUUCCUUUGAUAAGGAAGGGAGAAAGUCAGAUUCUCUUGGCAGGAAGAUGUAUACCUCUGCUGCACUUACACUGCGCAUAGCAAAUUUUAAUGCGAUAACAGGGAGGUAUCAGGUAUUCCUUUGGGAACGCAUCAUGCAGCAUCUUGAUACCUUACCUGAUGAUAAGAGGUCCCUGGUCAGGAUGCUGCAAGCUGAGGGCAUUAAAAUAGGUAAGCAACAGAUCAAUGCUGCACGCCAUCUUGCAGACACAGCCAGCAGGGCUAUGGCUUCUGCUGUGGUUCUCCGCAGACACUCUUGGCUUCAGGCCACUGCUGCUUCCAGCUACAUUAAGGCAAAGGUGGAAGAUUUGCCAUUUGAGGGCACGGGCCUUUUUAGCACCCAGACAGAUGAGGUGUUGCAUCAGAUUCGUAAGAAUAAACUAAUUGCAAGGGCUCUAGGCAUUACAUCCCCACCUGCACAGGGCUUCAGGCCCAGGCAUUUCCGCAGGCACCACUCACACCAGCAAUACUAGAGGCUUUCUAGGUUUCAGCCUCAGUUCUGAGGUUCCCAAGCAGCACCAGGAAAACCCGUUUCACCAUCACUGAGGGCUGCCACAACCUCCCAAAAACACUAAGGGAAGCAGUGAAGCAAACAGGCCCCACACUUCUUUAGAGAGUCCCUUGGUAGGGGUAAACCAUAUCAGUUAAUAGCAGCAUCUGCUGGCCCUGCUCCCAGUUUUGCCUUUAGGUUAACUGUUUUCACAGGUACAUGGGGGAGUAUCACCCAGGAUGUUUGGGUUUUAUGUAUUGCUUAUUCUGAUUAGUACUGUUUAAGUGUUUGCCCUCAGAUUGAGUACUUUCUGUUAGUUCUGCUCCUGCCUUACAGUUUGAAGUUUCCCAGUUAAUAAAUAAAGCAGCAAUUGAAAUGUUAACUGAAAA